AUCGACGCGCGCCGGCGGCGCGGGAGCGGGGCGCAGCUUGGCUCCCGCUGGGGCUGUGCGGCGGUGGUGGCGUCGCCGGGCGCGGCACGCGGCAGGUUCUGUUUAGUGUGUUAGAUUUGCAACACGUUUUCUCUGGAGCUGAUGUUUUCCUGACGUUUUCAGCUUGGCUAAAAAGCUGCUUUGCUGGAAUGCUUUAGAGAGUCAAAAACCCUUUCGGUUUUAAAUUAAUUUAAAUUAAUUGAAGGAAGUAUUUCUGGCCUCACCAAAGAAUAACCGGAAUCAUGGAUCAGAACAACAGCUUGCCACCCUACGCUCAAGGCUUAGCCUCCCCUCAGGGUGCAAUGACUCCUGGAAUUCCAAUUUUUAGCCCAAUGAUGCCGUAUGGCACGGGACUGACACCACAGCCUGUCCAGAGCACCAACAGUCUGUCCAUCCUUGAGGAACAGCAGCGGCAGCAGCAGCAGCAGCAGCAACAGGCAGCACAGCAGUCUACAUCACAGCAAGCGACACAGGGAACAUCUGGUCAAACUCCCCAGCUCUUCCACUCACAGACUCUUACCACAGCCCCUUUACCGGGAACCACACCUCUGUACCCCUCCCCAAUGACUCCGAUGACUCCUAUAACUCCUGCAACACCAGCAUCUGAGAGCUCUGGGAUAGUGCCACAGCUACAGAAUAUUGUGUCCACAGUGAAUCUUGGUUGCAAACUUGACCUAAAAACCAUUGCACUUCGUGCCCGAAAUGCUGAAUAUAAUCCCAAGCGUUUUGCUGCUGUUAUUAUGAGAAUAAGAGAACCACGUACUACUGCGCUUAUAUUCAGCUCUGGAAAAAUGGUGUGCACAGGAGCAAAAAGCGAAGAACAGUCCAGACUGGCAGCAAGGAAGUAUGCAAGAGUUGUUCAGAAACUGGGUUUUCCUGCAAAAUUUUUGGAUUUUAAAAUUCAGAACAUGGUGGGCAGCUGUGAUGUGAAAUUUCCUAUCAGAUUAGAAGGAUUGGUACUCACACACCAGCAGUUCAGCAGCUAUGAGCCGGAAUUGUUUCCUGGCUUAAUCUACAGAAUGAUCAAGCCAAGAAUUGUUCUGCUUAUUUUUGUUUCUGGAAAAGUGGUUUUAACUGGUGCUAAAGUUCGAGCAGAAAUCUACGAAGCAUUUGAAAACAUCUAUCCUAUUUUAAAGGGUUUCCGGAAGACAACGUAACAGUUUCUACAUAUUUCAGAGGAAUUGGGGGUACAUUUUAAAAGGCAUUGCAUAUGGCACAGCAGUAACGAGAUGGACUUCAGUGAAACUGCAACACCAGACUUGGACUAUUUCCCAGUUAGUGCCUAUUUCCCUGAUGCUCAAGGGGAAUUGUUUUAUCGAUGAUUAUGUCUACUGAGUUACUGUGAGUUGCUUUGUUGGGCUGCUCUUGGAGCAGUCCCUCCAAGUUUUAUUUAUAUUCUAGCUUUUAAAUAGUUUUAAUGCCAGUUCUGUUAAUAGAAAAUUCAUAAAUUGGUUUAAAAGAUGAAUGCGACCGUGUCACUCAGUGUAUAAACCACUUAAGUUGCCAUGUAUAUAUGUUUUAAUUUCCUUCCAUUAAGACCGUGGUUUUUAUAAUUUUGAAAGUUAAGCUUUUAAAUUUCUUCAGUUUUAAAUUUCUUUGGUGCCAGACACAUUCCCUCUUUCCAGUAUUAAGCAAGGCAGAAUAAAUUUAUUAAUGAAAACAGCUCACUGUACAUAUAUAUAUAAUAUAUAUAUUCCUCCUCUUUUCUCCUUCAGCUCCACAUGUACAAUAAACCCUGUUUAUACAAUUAUGGGAACUGUCUUAAUGAGUUUUAAAAUUACACAGCUGGUAAAGUGAAAUAUAUUGAGAAGUUCUUUUUAAUUUAAUCUGGAUUUUUGAAUAGCACAUGCACUACUGUAAAUGACUUGUCAUUUGGAGAAAAUCUUAACAAUGCUCUGGCUUGCUUACCAAUAGUCAUAUCCUUGGCAACAUCCAGCCUGAUUACUUCCAGUACACUAACAGGAAAGAGAAGACUGGCUAUAGGAGUUUGUGUUCAAGUAUGUGUUGCCUCCCAUUCAACAGAUGGGAUUUAUGCAAGUCUUACAUAGCUACACUUGAGUGAACUGGAACAAAAAGAUUUUUUGCUUAGCUUCUAAUAUUUCUUAUAAAUCACUUUUGUAUUUUACCAA